AUGCUGAGACAUUUAUCGAUAUUGGUAAUACUCGUUGUUGUCGGCGGCGUUGGCGUCAUCGUCGUCGCUAUCACUGGUACAUCAGUGUCAUGUAGAUCCGCCAUGAGUGAUAUUGUCGACGAGAACCGAGAAAUUUUAAAAGACCAUCCUGAAAUUUACAAUACUGAUGAAUUACUUUCGCCAGAACAACUCUCAGAAUUCACAAAUUCUGACAAAACAAGAAGACGAAGAGGUUUACCUGAAGCUUCUGUUUCAAAAUGGGUUGAAAAAACCGUGCCCUAUAUUUUAAGUGACCAAUACAACGCAGACGAAAAGAAUAAAAUUCGUGCAGCCAUGGCAACGAUUAGUAGCGUUUCUUGCAUCAAAUUUAAAGAACAUCAGACGAAUCCACCUCUUCCUUUCUUAAAAGUGUUCUACCAAUUUCCCGCUUGUUACUCACACAUUGGUAUGAAAACAAACGAACACAACCAAUUAUCGUUGACACCCAACUGUGUAAGAUCAAGCAGAACGAUCAUUCAUGAACUUCUCCACACUUUGGGCGUGUAUCACGAACACGAGAGGGCGGAUCGAGAUGAAUAUGAGCUGAACAUAACUUUGUUAUCAAGAGAAGAACAAAUAGUUUGGGAUCCGAGUAUGAUCCGAAAUCAAUUAUGCAUUAUUCUUCGUACGUGUUUAACUUUUCUCUUUGCUUUUUAA